AAGCUCUUCCCUUGCUCAGUGUGGCCCCAACUGUUCGUGGGAAAGGAGACCUCUUAGCAACGCCGUUUGUACUCCCGUUUUUGAAACCGUCCCUCCAGAGAAACCUGACUCUCAUUGUUCCAAUGCACUGGAUUGUGGUUCUUUGUUGAAACCGUCGGCGGCGAUAAUAUGUGUUCGAGGAAUGUUACCGAAUAGCGUUGUAGUGGUGUUGUUAACUGUAAAGAAGAUACUCCGCGCGGGGAUAAUAUUUAUAAGGCCUUCGUUUACUACCUGAGCGUUGAAAUCUCCAGCUGUCUAAUCAAGCUUGUUUGGUCGACGGUGUUGGAAGGUCUCGUCUAACAGGCUGGUGGAGUGUGGUUGCGUGACGUCACCAUGAUGACUUCGUGGAAGGCCGUCAUAUUAACAUUAUUAUGGGUGGGUACGUGGGCACAGAACUACCAGGGAGAGUUUGCCCUGGAGCGCCCAGAGAGCCAAGUGUCCAUCAGCCAGUUAGAAGUCAUGUGUGGCAAGGAUCACCUCACUGUCCAGUUGGCCUUCACUGCUCCGUUCCAGGGCCUGGUGUUCUCCAAGGGCCAAUACGGUCAACCAAACUGCAUGUACGUGGGACCGAGAUCAGGGGGCUCCACCUUCGAGUUCCAGAUCUAUUACGACGGCUGUGGCACCAAGCCCGACAUGGGAGGGAAGUUUUACGAGAAUACCAUCAUUAUCCAGUACGACGCAGAUCUCAUUGAGGUGUGGGAUGAAGCCAAGCGUCUCCGCUGUGAAUGGUACAAUGAUUAUGAGAAGACGGCCAGUAAGCCUCCCAUGGUCAUCGCCGACCUGGAAGUCGUUGAACUCAACUUUAGAGGUGACAACGUGGACUGUUGGAUGGAGAUCCAAGACGGCAAGGGACCUUGGGCCUCACCAGUUACUGGCAUUGUGCCCCUCGGUUCUACCCUGACUAUGGUCGUAGCCAUUAAUGACCAGGCUGGGGAAUUCGACAUGAGGGUGAAAUCUUGUGAGGCCUCAGAUGGUUCAAAUCAUCCUAUUUACCUGAGUGACGAGCACGGCUGUGUCCUCCGACCAAAAAUGAUUUCGAAAUUCAUGAAACUCAGGAACAAUGAUGGACGCGCUACCGUGCUGACAUAUGCACAUUUCCACGCCUUCAAGUUCCCGGAUUCCAUGUCUGUCCACAUCCGUUGCAAAGUCGAAAUCUGCCGUUUUGGUUGCCCCGAUCACUGUCAGAAGCCAACUGCUGGUAACCCUAUCGGCGAUUACAGUCAGCCACCUCAGUCACUCAGUGACAAUUAUGGGGCUCCCUCUGACACGUCACCACAGUAUCUUGAAGCUCCUAGUAACUUUGGCCAGAAAAAUCUAGGACGUACUCCGAAUCCACUGGGUAACAGGUCACCUUUCCCAGAAAGUGGCCCAGUCAUUAUCCCUAAUCAGCGCUCAGCGGAACUGUAUCUGAAUGGCUCUCCUCUUACGGGAGGGGAAUCCAUUGAGCUCCCCAAGUAUGCCGAAGAUUUCCCGUGGGGCCCACGAAAUCUACGCCGGCGUCGACGUCGUCAAGUGGUAUUAGACCGUCAGGCCAGGGAAGCGGACAUUGGUGUCACCACCAACUAUCAAGUUAUAUCCGAGGCUGAUCUGGAAUUCACCCCAGCCAAGGACGACAGUGUCACUGUUUUUAAAGGUCACAGAGAAGACGUCGUGUAUGGAGUGUGCCUCCCGGCUCCAGGAUUUUCAGCUCUGUUCGUUCUGCUUGCCAUGUGCACCGUGAUCUCUGUUCUAGUUGCCGGAUUCAUGUGCCACCACCGGCAGCUGCAGAAAGACUCUGCCGAGUCCCCAGCAGCCCCUCAUCCUCAUCAACAUCCAGUAACUGUCUUCAGCAUGGCACAGUUUAUCCGCGGUCAUCUCCCUGGGCAAACUCAGUGACCGUGAAUCGAGCAGGUUUUAGCUUCUUGUACAGUGUAAACUUGAGUCCAUGUUCAAAGGCUUCCACGCCAAAUCAAAGCAGUAUCAUUGUUCUUGUUAAGUUAAGUAUAUCUUAGUUUAACCAGACCACUGAGCUGACUAACAGCUCUCCUAGCCCUAGGGCUGGAACCGAAGGAUUAGAUAUUCUUACGUGGCUAGGAACCAAUUGGUUACCUAGCAACGGGACCUAAAGCUUAUUGUGGGAUCCGAACCACGUUAUAUCGAGAAAUGAAUUUCUAUCACUUGAAAUAAAUUCCUGAUUCCGCGUUGGCCGGGCCGAGAAUCGAACUUAGGACCACCGGAUUUGGUGUCCGAGUGCUAAAACCACUCGUCCAACGAGGAACUAUCAUUGUUCUUGUAAAUGCCAAUUGUUAGACACCUGACAUACUGAGGGAAGAGUGACAGGUUUGUUGUAGCUAGAAGAUAGAAGCUUAUUUUAAGUAAUAUCAAAGGAAAUCAAAUUUACAAGCUCAAAUGCCAAAUUUCUUUCAUGACGUAACUCUGAUAGACAGCCACACUAAUCAUUAGCGUAAACAUCAUUCUUUUCCUGUUUGGCGUAUGAAGUGCUUUACUACCAUGGUCUGUCACCUGUUAUACUGCACUGUAACAGAGUCACUAAGAUAUACGAUUAAACGUCCUUCUAACGCCAUCGCUCAUAGUUAAAGGGUCUCAUACAGUUGGUAUCAUAGAGGUAUACAAGAGACGAAGCUUUGGGAUGUCCUUACUGGGAUGUUGCCUUCUCUUUGAGACUCUUUGCCUAUUGGGCAAUAUUUCACGCUCUGUUGUAGUCUGGAUAUAAUUUAUAGAAACACGCUUCACUCUUGUAAAUAACACUCCCAGCUAAGCAGUUCCUUAAUCACCUCUAUUGGAUUUGAUGUAUGCAAAAGCUCUUUCCACAAGUUGAUCUUCGGGCAUUUUCGUCAUAAAUUAAGAUUUGUUGCGCAUUUACAAGUACUCAUUCAUCUUUUCGUCCCUUAUUGGUUCUCGUGAAAUUCAUGGGAAACGCAACUCCAGGCUUUGUGUGUUGGGUUGUUCAUACAUCCGAAAAAACCAAAGUAGAAUGUACAUACAUGCAAUUCGCUCGUCCAUUUCCGCAUCACUAGCAGAUAUGCUCAACAUGCAUAUAAUCUGACUGGUUACAGAAACGUUGUACACAAGGUCCAAAGCCUUGGUUUCACACUUGAUCAAUCUGUGGCUAUGGGAGCUUUGCAGGCAGUGGGCUAUACUUCUUCCCAUCUGACAUUAGCAAAUAGGUCUCCUGCUAGACUAACCUUCAAGACUGUGUUGUACAUUUCCUGCGUGUAAAUUUUUUAGUCGUUGCCUUCACUGAACUAAUUGCUCAGAUUUAACAUUUCCGUGAAAGUGUAUCUGUUAAUUAAGGUGAACCUUAUAUUAUAAGUGAAUGAGUGUGAUGCAGAGAGUCCAUUGCGCGGAGUGAUUUUUACAAAAACCGAGUUAAAAGUUGGAGCUCACAUGAUGUGAGGUUUGUUUGCACAUUAUUGCUCUCUUGUGGUCCACCUGAAUGACCUCUGGCCAUCUGUUGGUUGACCUUGUUUCUGCUUCCUCGACAUGGAAGUCCUUGAGAGGGGUCAUGACCCUGCUCUACAUGAAAGUUGAGGAGACUAUCCAGUUGGUAAACAGAACCUACGAACUUGAUUUUUCUGUGCUCUCUCUCUCUCUCUCUCUCUCUCUCUCUCUCUCUCUCUCUCUCUCUC